AUGGAGUGUUUUGCAUUGAAGUUAGCUCUGGUGUUGUUAGUAACACAAGGAAGCAUUGUUGGCUUCUCUUUGGCUUCUUCUCCUUCUUCUUCUCCAAAUUUCUUUUGUAAAUUUUUUGGCUGCCACUGGAAGAAGCCUCCUUUUUGGCGACCAUUUCCAUAUUCAACACCUCAGCCGCCGCCACCGGUGACGUAUCCACCGCCGUUGCCUCAGCCGCCGGUCAAGACGUAUCCUGAGCCGCCGGUCAAGACGUAUCCUCAGCCACCGGUCAAGACGUAUCCACCGCCGUUGCCUCAGCCGCCGGUCAAGCCAUGUCCUGAGCCGCCGGUCAUGACGUAUCCUCAGCCACCGGUCAAGACGUAUCCACCGCCGUUGCCUCAGCCGCCGGUCAAGCCAUGUCCUGAGCCGCCGGUCAUGACGUAUCCUCAGCCACCGGUCAAGACGUAUCCACCGCCGUUGCCUCAGCCGCCGGUCAAGCCAUGUCCUGAGCCGCCGGUCAUGACGUAUCCUCAGCCACCGGUCAAGACGUAUCCACCGCUGUUGCCUCAGCCGCCGGUCAAGACAUAUCCUGAGCCGCCGGUCAAGCCAUGUCCUGAGCCGCCGGUCAAACGUAUCCUGAGCCGCCGGUCAGACGUAUCCUCAGCCACCGGUCAAGACGUAUCCACCGCCGUUGCCUCAGCCGCCGGUCAAGACAUAUCCUGA